UUGGAGUCUCCCGCGGAGGACGAGGAGGAGGCGGGGCCAUCGACGGGAAAGCGAGGCACCAGGGAGAGGACUCCAAGGCCUUCCUCGCCGCCCCGCAAGAGCCCCCGCAGGAGGAUCAGAUCCUGUCGAGGAGGAGAGCGCCACGUCUCAGUACCCUGAGCAUAACGCGUUCCUGAUUGAGUAGGGUUCCCUUUUAUCGUCCUCCUGUCUGAAAUGCUAACGAAUGCUAUAAUGCUUUCUCUCUCUCUCCCUCUCUUCAGACCAGCUCCUGGAGGAGUACCGCCUGCACCACCAGGGCCUGUAACCCUCCAGGAAGCUGAAGGAGAACAUGGUGGGAAAGAUUUACAGGAUCUGGUCCUUCAUCGGGCACAUGGCGGAUGGGAAGGGGCGCCUUUCCACCUUGGAGUUCCUGGACAACACCGGGAUGAUCAGGAAAUGGCUGGGCAGCUUGAGGUUGUCUAAAAUAGCGGAGACAACGAUUAACCAUUACCUCAAGAACGCUGCCCAGUUCAUGGAUUACGUCUCGGAGAACCCCCCUCCCACGUCCCGCCUGUCGAAGAAGGCCCUGACGGGGAUCAGGCGGGAGUUGAGGUCCCUGAUUAGGGGCCUCAAGAGGGGGGUGGUGAUGCACCAGAUAGGGGUGAAGCAGGCGAAGAAGGGCCGGCUGAUCCCCAAACAGGUGCUGAGAAAAUGCCGCUCUGAGGCGGAAAAGAUCAUCCCGGGGCUCCUAGGUAAGUCGACAUCGCCGGCGGCUCCGCGUUCCUUCGCGUGGACCACGCCCGGUUUUACUAACGUGCCUUUUUGUCUCCACAGACCAGCUGGAAGAGCAGUUCCUGCUCUACGGCCGCUUGACGGCCUAUUUUGCCUCCAUCUAUGGUCACAGACUCGGGGUCUUUCAGAACCUGACCAUAGAGGAGGUGGAGAAGGCCGUCAAGUCGGCCAGCUCGGGGUCGUACCUCAAACGUGAGUGUUUUCCCUAGCGUACUUCGGAAACGCCCGAGGCUUUUUGAACGUCUGACUCUGUCUCUUUUUUCCGUGUUUUCGCAGAUUUCGCUCCACAAGACUAACCAGGCGUUCGGUCCGGCGCAGCUGUCCCUCACGCCGGAGGAAUACUCGUGGUUUCGCCGGUUCCUGGCGAUGAGGGACAACCUGGUCGGCGGGCCGGACGCCAUCCACUUUUUCUACACAUCGACACCCAACCCCUGUAAAAACCUCAACAAUCAUUUCCAGGCGGCUUGGGUGUCGAUGGGACUUCCGGGAAAGCCGACCUUCACCGACCUCCGGACCUCCAUCGCCACGCACGCACGCAACACCCACUCCUCGAGUAACCGGACCAAGGUGGCAAAAUUUAUGUGCCAUGACACCUCCACGGCCGACAAGUUCUAUGCCAUGAACUUGUCGGCGAAGCAGGCCGUGGAGCACCGCCGGUUAUUCGAGGAGGCGCUGUGCGGCGAGGAGGUCUCCCCGGCGAAGCCAUCCGAGGAGGGGACGAGUCGUAAGAGGGUGGCAAAGACCAAACACGGCGGCUGGAAACGCCGGCGGGAGGAGUCGCCGCCCACCUCCCCAUCUUCCAGCAGCUCGGAGGUGGGGGAGACGGUGACCUUCCAGGAGUCCGGGGUGUCGUUGAUCGACUCUCCCUCGAGCUUGGAGGAGUACCCCCGGACUCAGGGUUUGGCCAGCCCGCCCUCGCCUUCCUCCUCGGACGCUUCGCGGGAAAGCCGACGUGAGUCUUCCCCGGAAGUCCGCACUUCGGACCAGGACGACCCCGAGCAGGAGCAGGACGACCCCGAGCAGGACGACCCCGAGCAGCAGCCCGCCUCUCCCCGUACAACGGCCCAGCAGCCCGCCUCUCCCCAACCGACGGCCCAGGAGCCCGCCUCUCCCGCCACGCACAAGGAACCCAGGUGAGUUGCCACCAGGAGGAGGCCGGUGGUUCUCUUGUCGCCGUUGGGGAGCCCGAAAAUCAGAAAGCUCUGCCGGCUCUCUGGAGGGCCACCGAAGCCGCCGGCAAGAAAAAGAAAACAGCGUUGUAAAUAGUUCUCGUGUUCGUGCAGUUCAUUGUUCCUGUUAAGUGUGUUUUGUUCUUGUGUUUUAAUAAAUGU